GUGCAGCGGCUGAUGGGCUCGAAGACCAGCCUCUACAGGGAGGAAGACGUCGGCUCUGGGAGUGGCGACGAGGAAAUUGCCAUGGCCAGGUUUGCAGAGAUACAGAGACAGAACAACGAGGCCUACAGGGAGGCGCUCGGUGCGGCAUCGCGCUCGCUCCUGGAGCAGUGCACCCUGGAUCUCGAGGGCCAGGCGAAGGAGGCCGAGAGGGCGAAAAAGGCCAAGGCUACGCGCAAGAGGCGCAAGAAGACAGAGAGUGAGAAGAAGAGGAAACUGACUCGCCCCAUCGGCGUCUUCUGCAUGGACGUCGACUCCGAAGACGACUCCAACUUGAGCUGGUCGCCCGUCAGGAAGACGCCGGGCCGCGCCGCGACUGCGAAGGGCAAGCCAUCUGCCGCGGGCGCAGCGGCUGCAGCCUCAGCGACGACGGCCUCUGGCUCGGGAGGCCCUUCGGCCGAGGGUGGCGGGCCUGAGGGCCCGGGCGGCGAUGGCCCAGGCGACGGCGACGAAAAGGGCGGUGGCGAUGAAGGCGCGAAGGCUGGUCGCGGCAGGAGGGCGAUCUCGCUUCAAGACAAGACGACGGAGCUCUGGAACGAGUUCAAUGGCCCGGGCACCCCCAUCAACAUGUGGGGCAGCCAGCAGGAGGUAAAGAUUCGGCAGGUGACUCGCUGGGCGAACUCUGCCCGCACCAAGGCCACCCAGGUGAAGACGCAGACUGCCAGGGACGCCGUCGAGGUCCUUGGCAAAAGGCUCAACGUGAUCGAUGCGGGGUUGAAGGCAUGGAAGAGCAGGCCCGCGAACCAUUUCCAAGCGGUCAACCUCUUCGAGGGGAAGUGGGCUCAGAUGGCCCACUUCGCGGCAGCCCAGCCCACGAUCGAGGUCACUUCCCAGUACCUGUGGGACCUCCGCAUCAAU